AGAACGCUCAACCCAAAAUCUGAAACUCUAACAGAAUGACCGCCUAUUCGGUAUCACCGUAUCAGCAAGACAGCAAGACAGCAAGACAGCAACGUGAAAAUUGACUUGAUGCAAUCAAAGAAUCAGUCAUGAACAUCUCUUCCCCAUCUUCUUCCUCUGCAUCUGCAACUACAUCUACUUCUUCAUGGUUUUCUGGCAUCGUUCGUGGCCGUUCUGACAAGAAUAUGACCUCUAAAACCGCCCCCAAUUCUGUCUCUGUUGUCUCCACCAACGCUGAGUCGUUAUGUCCUGUUAUCAAGAAAAACCAUUAUCGCGGUGUUCUUUUUCGUUAUGGUCCCAAGUCUGCUCAGGUUGCAUUUAAAACAGGUGAUUAUAAGCAACAAGUAGUGUUUAUUGGUGGAUUGACGGAUGGGUUUAUGGCUACAGAGUACUUGGAACCUUUGGCGAUUGCUUUGGAUCAUGAAAAAUGGUCUUUAGUUCAAGUACUCCUUUCUUCCUCUUACACUGCAUAUGGAACUUCAAGCCUUGAGCAAGAUGCUAUGGAGCUGGAUCAAUUAAUCAGUUACUUAAUUAACAAAGAAAAUUCCAAUGGUGUGGUGUUACUUGGCCAUAGUACUGGAUGUCAGGAUAUAGUGCAUUAUAUGCACACAAAUGCAGCAUGUUCCAGAGCUGUUCGUGCAGCUAUUUUACAGGCUCCAGUUAGCGACCGUGAAUACCGAGCAACACUUCCUGAAACAGCUUCAAUGAUUGACCUAGCCUCAAAAAUGAUUAGUGAAGGAAAAGGAUCAGAUCUAAUGCCCAGGGAAGCAAAUCCAGAUGCUCCAAUAACCGCAUAUAGAUUUCAUUCCCUUUGUGCUUAUAUGGGUGAUGAUGAUAUGUUCAGUUCUGACCUAAGUGAAGAUCAAUUGAGAACAAGACUUGGUCACAUGUCCAAUACACCUUGUCAGGUCAUCUUUUCUAUGGCAGACGAAUAUGUGCCCGACUUUGUAGACAAGAAAGCGCUUGUAGAAAGAUUAUGCAGAGCGCUUGGCGGAGCGGAGAAAGUCGAAAUUGAGUACGGUAAUCAUUCCUUGUCCAACAGAGUAGAAGAAGCUGUCCAGGCGAUUAUAGACUUCGUCAAGCGAGAGACUCCGAAGGGCUGGGAUGAUCCUUGGAGUUGAGUUAUAUGAUGCUUUUUAGUUUUUUCUUGAGGAAUUUACAUGAUAGUUUUGGAAAUCAUUAUUUUUUUAUUGCUAAUGAUAGAGAUUUUAUUUGAUUGUGCUACUAAAUUUGUUCCCGAAGUAUAGAAAUAUAGCUUGCUUAAUUGUUUAUCUGUUCAUUGUUAAUGAAUAAGAUUUUAUUUAAUCA